AUGUCAGAUUCGACCUUUACGCAUUCAGCUUCUGAGCAGGUCUCUGAGCAGGUUCCUAUUCCUGGCGCAUUCACGCCACUUUUUGCUGGAGCUACAGCCAAUACCAAUGAUGUAUACGGCAACUCCCUCUCCUGCUCAUUUUCGACCCAUAGUACUAUCAACACUCCCCAACUUCAGACAAGCGGACUUUUACCAAUGACAGCAGGAACAGCCACUCGUUUGCCCUGGGGCUUGGUGAACCUAUCACGGCUCGUGAGACUUCGCUUUAUUCAUGGCUUCCGGCCACUCCAUAGCCUCAUAUCGUCAAAAAAUGCUCUUAGUGAUGUGCAAGGUCAUUCACUUUCGGCGUUGCACAGGACUACGCUUGCAUCAGAUAAUUCAUCAAAGAUAUACAAGUCAGCUAGCUGCAUGACAUUCGUCAAAGUUGAAGCAGAAGUAUACAAUACCUCAGAUUGCCUCGUUCUUGUUCGCGUCGAGUUGCUCGAACCGGACUCGACUAUAACAGUGCUCACUGACGAUGCCGGCGAAGCCUCUGGGAAUGUACCACGUCCGCGGUCCGACUUUGGAAAUGAUCAUGUAUACAAUGAACUCUGGACUAUAUGCGUUCCUCUAAAUCUUCCUACCAAUAUGAGCAAAAUCCGUCUGCUAUCUCUCUGGUUCACGUAUUUCACUCGCCCCCUGCCACCGAGACGUCUGGGAAUGUACCACGUCGAUGGUCCUACUUUGGAAGUAAUCAUGCAUUCAAUGGACUCCGGACUAGCCACAAAUAAAUAUUUAUUUUUUCUGCAUGCGCGCUCACCCAUAAAUGAGUAUAUUAACACGUACUUCUAUCUGCUGACAACAUUCAUCCUAAUCUCACACUUUAUCUCUCCUGAAAAUAGAUCUCUGGUACAACCUUGUGUCAAGUUAGCUCCUUUAGACAAUCCUGUCGAUCCUCUUGAUCGAGCUCAGGAUCGGCGCAUUUCUCCUCUGUCGCCUAAAUCUCAACGGCCCCUACUCCUUCUCUGGGUGGGGCUCACUAGCCGUCAGCUCCUCUUACGACCAGGUGAGGCGCGUAGACUCAAUUUGACUGGAUUGGCACCACACUCCGGUAUUUAUGAAUUAAAUUCAAUCUGUCUAAAAGCUGCCAUCGUUUCCCGACACACCCUCGGUAGGCUUUCACCAACGAACGCUACCGGAUUCACAGCGAUACCUGACAAGCCGAUUAUCUCUCCGGCUCUACAGGCCAAUGCCGUCUUUGUUCGCCAAGAUAACAACUUUUCUACCAUCUUAACCGUAACAUAA